AUGGUAUGAGGCAUCUCGCCGUUGUUCGUCUGACCACGAUGUCUUCAGUUUCUGUGCCCUUUGUCAGAUCUCCUGGUUCGUCAGGUCCAUAAUUGAGUUCCUUGUUUGGUCAUGUAGAUUAUCCCGAAGAAGAAUCGCCGCGAGAUCUGCAAGUACCUUUUCCAAGGUGUGUAGUGAUGAUGAUUAGGGUUGAGGGCUCCCUUUCUAGGUCACCUGCUCUCUUUUUUUUUUUCCUUUCCACUUAUUUUCUUUCAUCCCUGUCGUGAUGUUGUGUUGGUGAUGACAGAGGGGGUGCUCUACGCAAAGAAGGACUUCAACUUGCCGAAGCACCCGUUGAUCGACGUGCCGAACCUGCAGGUAAUCAAGCUGAUGCAGAGUUUUAAGUCGAAGGAGUACGUCAGGGAGACGUUCGGAUGGAUGCACUACUACUGGUUCCUCACGAACGACGGUAUCGAGUUCCUUCGUACCUACCUUAACCUUCCGUCGGAGAUCGUCCCCGCCACCCUUAAAAAGUCCGCUAAACCCUUACCGUCCCGCCCCAUGGGCGGCCCCGGUGACCGCCCACCUAGGUAUUUAUCCUGCAUUUCCCACUUCUGUUAAUUUUCAUCUGACAAGUAUUUAUAAUCCUUCUAACCAUUUUUUUGAGUAUUUUCAGGAGAUUUGAUGGAGACAGGCCGAGGUUUGGGGACAGAGAUGGUUAUCGUGGGGGUCCCCGAGGAGGUACAGGGGAAUUUGGCGACAAGGGCGGUGCUCCUCCCGAGUUCCAGCCUUCUUUCCGGGUAAGCACCAAUUUAUAUAGUUCCUUCCUCUUUCCGUGGUGUUGAUUACCACUUGGAAGUUAGUGAUUAGUGUGCUUACGAUUUUGCCUUAUUAUCAUAGAUGUUUUUUCCUUAGUUAUCUGUGAUCGAAAUAGUCGGGUGGUGAUGGAGACUUGUUUCUUGAUGAGGUCUGCGAGAUGCCAUCUCUAGGAUAUAAUGUAGGCUUGGUUUCCAGUCUGGAGGACGAAUCAUCGCUAAUGUAAUCCAUAUCUGAGCUGAAAUGAAGAAUGAAAAUUUUUAGUGUUCGUGGAUCCGCACCCACUCGACCAAAAUUAUUUCUCUCGAGGAAAAGUUUGGAUGGCUGUUUGAGGAGUGUAAGCAAAGCUUAGAUUGUCAAUUAUGAUGGCAUGGUCUACAUCCAAUCAUGUCGAUUUCUUCUUGGGUCAUUUUGUAUGUGGUUUUAGUACUCUGAAUGUGCCAAUCUUUUCAUAAUUGAUCUUUAAAGGGGAUUGGGAACCGCUAAUAUCCUAACUUGGGAGGAUUACGUGAAGGCUCUUCCAUGUUCUCCUGUUGGAGUUGUUGAUAUUGCCACUGAGAAUGAGUGCUGGCGAGAAGAGAAAGUCAAGUGGGUGUGCAGAGAAAGUCCAUUGAUUUCAUUUAUAGUUGAUUUAUGUGGUUUUUUUGGUGAGCUGGCGUGAUUAGGUGUGCUAGGGUUCUAAUUAAUUAUCAGAAUUUAGAUUCCAUUUAUGAUUUAAUGUUCUGAGAUUUUAGCUAUUCAUCUGUGAAUUCAAUAAUAUUAUUUUACGUUGACAGAUUAUAUCGUUUUGGAUCCUAUUUUUUUUUACAGGUGAUCUCUAUUUUUUUAUCAUAGAUGUUGAAAGUAAUAGGGACUAUUCGAUAUUAAACAGUAAUUUCUUGUCUUCUUCUUUUUUCAGUGUUUCGAUUCAUGUUUCCUUCUCUAAGAAAAUCACCAGGAUAUGUAGAGCCCCCCAUUACUUUCAACAUCCAUGAGCAAAAAAUAGAGAUCACCUUUAAAAAAAUAGGAUCAAAACGAUGAAAAAGCUAAAAUCGUUUUCCGUAAUUGACGGCCAUCAGCGGCGGGUCUUCAAAUGAAUUCGUUGAAUUUUUUAGCUCAUAUUUUGGAAUAAGAAACUUCUUAACCACGAACUCAGACUGAAAUUAUGAAGAUUAAUCAUAUCUACUGUGAAAAUACGAGAAAUAUACACAAUUUACCAGAUGUGGAUGGGAAUCUCAACCAGAUUCCUUGUCCUUGUCAUGGUACAUAUUCUUGUUCUAUCAGAUCAUAAGCCCGUCGAAGAAAUAACCAAUGUUGCAGACCAAUUUAUUUGAGCCAUUUAUAGGAUUAUCCCCAGGGAUUAAAAGUGUUCCUAUUUUGUUGAUGGAGAGUGUUGCUAACUUGCCUCUAUUGCUUCUCCUCAGGGCGGCGAAAGGCCCGCUUUUGGCCGGGGUGGCGGCGGCUUUGGUGCUUCAGGCGGCGGCGGUGCUUACCGGCCUCCUGGUUCUUCUUCCCUUGAGUAA